AUGUCCGUGGCUUAUCAUCAUCUGAAGAUGCGUUUUACGCGCAGGACGGUGGACUACGUUCGUUAUUUCUGUGAUGGCUGCAAUUAUGUCUUCUCCAUCUUUACCUCGCCCUUUCACCGCAUCGGCCAGCGAAUCUCCGCGGAGGCGCCGUGGGUGGUGGUGAUUAUCGCCUCCACCUUAAUAACGGUCGUCCCCAUCGUGGGCUAUCCUUAUUUGAAGCCCGUUCUCGGGCAAAACCCUCGUUUUGAGCUCGAAGAGGAGCGCGUGCGGUUAUGCCUGCAAAAAGGUAUCGAUCCUUAUCCUUAUAUGCGGCAUAAAGACCUUGUGUACGGCAAUCAGGUGACGUUGUUUAGCUCGGAGUCGGAGAACCCCAAAGAGGCCGCCUGGGAGUACCUUUCGCUGAAGGAAUUUUACCGUCGAAAAGAGGCGCUUCGGCAGCAGGUCGAUGGGGAUCUCGACGAUACCGUGCAGAAGUUGUUGGACCUUCGCAAACGGCAGCUUCGGCAGUUCGACUCUCAACGGAGAGAGAUUAAUAGGGAUCCAGAGGAAUAUAUCUUUACAGAGCGGCCGGAUACCGAUAAACUCAUCACAUAA